AUGCAUCUGGCACACCACACUAAGAUGCAUCUGGCACACCACACUAAGAUGCAUCUGGCGCACCACACUAAGAUGCAUCUGGCAAACCACACUAAGAUGCAUCUGGCGCACUACACUAAGAUGCAUCUGGUACACCACACUAAGAUGUAUCUGGCGCACUACACUAAGAUGCAUCUGGCGCACCACACUAAGAUGCAUCUGGCGCACCACACUAAGAUGCAUCUGGCGCACUACACUAAGAUGCAUCUGGCGCACUACACUAAGAUGCAUCUGGCACACCACACUAAGAUGCAUCUGGCACACCACACUAAGAUGCAUCUGGUGCACUACACUAAGAUGCAUCUGGCGCACUACACUAAGAUGCAUCUGGCGCACUACACUAAGAUGCAUCUGGCACACUACACUAAGAUGCAUCUGGCACACCACACUAAGAUGCAUCUGGCAAACCACACUAAGAUGCAUCUGGCGCACUACACUAAGAUGCAUCUGGUACACCACACUAAGAUGUAUCUGGCGCACUACACUAAGAUGCAUCUGGCGCACCACACUAAGAUGCAUCUGGCGCACCACACUAAGAUGCAUCUGGCGCACUACACUAAGAUGCAUCUGGCGCACUACACUAAGAUGCAUCUGGCACACCACACUAAGAUGCAUCUGGCACACCACACUAAGAUGCAUCUGGCGCACUACACUAAGAUGCAUCUGGCGCACUACACUAAGAUGCAUCUGGCGCACCACACUAAGAUGCAUCUGGCACACUACACUAAGAUGCAUCUGGCACACCACACUAAGAUGCAUCUGGCGCACUACACUAAGAUGCAUCUGGCGCACUACACUAAGAUGCAUCUGGCACACUACACUAAGAUGCAUCUGGCGCACCACACUAAGAUGCAUCUGGCGCACCACACUAAGAUGCAUCUGGCACACCACACUAAGAUGCUGUAA